ACGAGUCGUGGAAUUUUGAGGGACUUGUGUUAUUGGGCGUGUGAAUGCUCUGAACGUAUAAAAGAGGUUUUAUAGCUUCAUAUAUCUUACAUAAAUGAGUGUUUUAUGAAAUUUCAGCUGCGAUCUUGUCGAUUGAGCAGGUAGUGUCCAUAUUACAACUGUGUUUUUGGUGCUUUGCUUUGUGCAGCUGCAGACUUUUCCUUCUGUAUCCAUAUCCUAGGAAUAGCUCAACUAUUCCCGGUUUCUGGCGUCGUGUUAUAGUACUAUAAAGAAUCUAAAACGUAUUAAACAUAAUGGGGAAACAUGAAGUCGGUACCCCGAAAUAUAUAGCCAACAAAAUAAAGGCGAAAGGCCUCCAGAAACUUCGAUGGUAUUGUCAGAUGUGCCAGAAACAAUGCCGUGACGAGAAUGGUUUCAAAUGUCAUAUGAUGUCAGAAUCUCAUCAGCGGCAACUACUUCUAUUUGCCGAUAAUGCAGACAAAUACACUGAUAAUUUCUCCAAAGAAUUUGAAAGCGGUUAUCUGGAACUACUAAAACGUCAGUUUGGUACAAAACGUGUUCAUGCAAAUCGUGUAUACCAGGACUAUAUCUCCGAGCGUCAUCAUUUACAUAUGAAUUCUACGCAAUGGGAAACAUUGACAGACUUUGUGAAAUGGCUUGGAAGGGAAGGAAAGUGCAUAGUGGAUGAGACUGAAAAAGGAUGGUAUGUACAGUAUAUAGACCGUGACCCAGAAACCAUUGCAUUGCAAGAAGCUCUUGCCCGCAAGGAGAAGAUGGACAGAGACGAUCAGGAGAAGAUGAUGGCAUUUAUUGAAAAGCAAAUUGAGAAGGGAAAGGAAUGUUCCAAGAAUGACACUCAUGUUUUCACAGAGUUUGUGCGACCAAGCGAGGAACAUAAAGUAGUUGUAAAUUUGAAGGUAGAAACAAAAAGGGAUGAAGACAUGAAAAAUAAAACUUUGGUGGCAAGUAAUGCGUUGAAGAACGACUACAAGAGAGGAGAGUGUUCUUCAGCAGGAAAGAACAAAGACUCAAAGGAAUCUGGAAGAGGGAGGGGUGAAAAGAGGAAAUUAUCAGCCCUAGAUGAGAUCAUUAAAGAUGAAGAGGAUAAGAAAGAACGUAUAAACAGAAAGGAUUAUUGGUUGGUGGAAGGAAUUGUUGUGAAAGUGACAGCAAAGUCUCUGGGUGACAAAUACUACAAAAAGAAAGGUGUUGUGACUGGAGUGCCAGCUAGGUAUGUAGCUACUGUAACCAUGUUAGAUAGUGGACACAAACUAAAACUAGACCAAGAACAUCUUGAAACAGUGAUACCAGCAAUAGGCCGACCCCUGCGUGUUGUAAAUGGUGCUUAUCGUGGUUGCAGUGCCAUACUUAAGGAACUGGAUGAGAAGAAAUUCUGCGUGACCAUUGAAAUUUCCUCAGGUCCUUUGAAGGGCAGAAUAGUUGACAAAGUGGAAUAUGAAGAUAUCUGUAAAUUACAUGAUGUAGAUGUGUGAAUAUGGUAUAAUAUUAAUAUGACAUAUUCGCAGGUUUGAUCCUGUAAGAAGUAAUAAGAACAAAGAAUAUAAAUUUAGCUACAGUUACUCUUUGCAGCUAGAUGUUAAUUCUGUAAUCCAGUUAAUAAGCCGUCAUUAUAACAUCUUCAGUUAAUUAUAAAGUGUUACCAAUGAGAAGUUCUGUUCUUCACUUCAUAUAACUACAAAUGAUAUAGGAGCUUUGAUUGGGGGUCAUAGUUCAAGUCCCAGUAGGGUCAAGAAUUUUCUCCUCAUUGACCAGACCAACUUUGAGCCCACCCAGCCUUCUAAAUUACGGAAUCAUUAAAUGGCUGUUUCCCUGUAGUUAUAAUUUUGCAUCACAUGACAGUGUGGAAUGAAGAAGUGUUCUCCAAAAACAGUGGUUAACCAGUCCCAUCAUAGGGUGAUGAAAUUAUAGCUAGAAUGAAGACAGGUUAACAACAGCCAUGAAAGCCAGAGGCUUUUUUCCUGAAAUAUGCUGGAAAUAAAAACAGAGAACAAAGGUUUCUCUGAUUUUUUUUUCUCAUAAUGCAGUGUUUGCAAGUACUAGUUUUGUUAUAUUCUUGAAGUUAAAUCAUGGAAUAAAUAUCAUUUAUGUGAGUGGUGCAAACAGCAGUAUUAAAUUUUCAUAUUGUAAAUUUCACAUGGUGUAUUUGAAUAAGUAUCCAUUCACUGUCAUUAAACUUGCAAAUGAUGA